AUGUGCACAAUUUUCAAAAGUGGUGAAGUCAACCAGGUUGGGCGUAGCAAUGUAUUUGCGCUUGAUCGGCAACUAGUGCUACCAACAUGCGAGCGUCCUUUACCGCUUGCUUCAAAUGUGGAAUUUCAACAACUCCCGGAACCGACUGCAGGACAGAGCGAGGCUAGGAAGGUGCAGCUACUUGCAAUAAACACAACUGCGCCCUUGACCAUCAUAGACUGGAUAGGAUUGAGCGGCUCAGUGUUCUAUUCAAAAGAUAUCUCAAAAAUGCCUGAUGCCAUAUCUCAAAAAUGCCUCAAAAAUGCAGUUAACCACGGCAGUUUGAAUGACAGUGAAGCACAUAAACUUGACUUUAGACUUGUGUUUGCGAAGGAACCAAAUCCGGAAUGUGUCUCAAUUCCAGUCUUUCAAAGAGCAAGUCAACGCAGACUCUACUUUGGUGACGUCUACAACGUGACCGGAUAUACCUUCCUGGAUGCGUACGCAUUCACCGACCGCUGUGCUUGUGCAGGAAUUUGCUGUGGACAAGUGUCCAUAUUCGAGAGAUUCGCGUAUGGCAGCUACCAUUACUUCCACCAGUCAUCAGUUGGACUGAUUACCGAAGUGAACCAGACCCUGUACAUUGCUGGCAUUCUGAAUGCCGAGAACAGAACAGUCUUGGGCAUGAGCAAAACUGGUUGCUAA